GGCGCGGCAGCGGCGGCGGCUGCGCUCCUUAUAUAAGAGGGCGGAGGGAGUGGGCGUGGCUUGGCUGCAGGUGGCUGCGUCGCGCGCUGGAAGCAGGAGGUGCGCCCGGAGCUCGCGCUGGCGGUGGCUAUGAAGGAGACUUGCGGAAAUUAUUUGGAGAACCAGCCGCAAAGGCACUACGGGGUCACUGCUCCAAUUAGCUUGGCUCCUCCGAGGGAAAUAGAUUACAUCCACACACAGAAGCUGAUUGAAGCCAUGAAGCCUUUUGGUGUAUUUGAAGAUGAGGAAGAGCUUGGUCGCAGGAUAGUUGUUCUCAGUAAGCUAAAUAAUUUGGUCAAAGAGUGGAUUGUGGAGGUUGCAGAGAAGAAGAACCUCCCAUCUUCAGUCUCAUCACGUUGCGGUGGCAAGAUUUUUACGUUUGGUUCCUAUCGGCUUGGAGUCCACACAAAAGGUGCUGAUAUAGAUGCUCUCUGUGUUGCCCCUAGACAUGUGGAAAGGUCAGACUUCUUCCAGUUGUUCUUUGAGAAGCUAAAGCUCAAAGAUGGCAUCAGGAACUUAAGAGCAGUAGAAGAUGCAUAUGUACCAGUCAUCAAGUUUGAAUUUGAUGGCAUUGAGAUCGAUCUCGUCUUUGCAAGGCUGGCUGUGCCAAUCUUGUCUGAUAACCUGGAUCUUCGGGACAACUCGCAUCUGGGAAGCCUGGAUAUAAGGUGUAUUCGGAGCUUAAAUGGUUGCAGAGUCACUGAUGAAAUACUUCAUUUAGUACCAGACAAGGAGAACUUCAGGCUGACGCUCAGAGCAAUUAAACUGUGGGCAAAACGGCGUGGGAUUUAUUCAAAUAUGCUGGGAUUUCUUGGUGGUGUUUCUUGGGCCAUGUUGGUGGCGAGGACGUGUCAGCUGUAUCCAAAUGCAUUGGCCUCGACGCUGGUUCAUAAAUUCUUCCUGGUUUUCUCCAGGUGGGAAUGGCCCAAUCCAGUCUUGUUGAAAGAGCCCGAAGAGAGCAACCUCAACUUGCCGGCCUGGGACCCCAGGGUAAAUCCAUCAGACAGGUAUCACCUGAUGCCCAUCAUCACCCCAGCGUAUCCACAACAGAACUCCACGUAUAAUGUGUCGACUUCAACCAGAGCGGUAAUGGUAGAAGAAUUCAAAUACGGUCUUGUGGUUACAGACGAGAUUCUUCAAGGGAAAUCAGACUGGUCAAAGCUGCUUGAGCCGUCCAACUUCUUUCAAAAGUACAAGCAUUACAUUGUGUUGACUGCCAGUUCCUCAACUGAAGAACACCAUUUGGAAUGGGUCGGCCUGGUAGAAUCGAAAAUCCGCGUGCUUGUUGGAAACAUGGAACGGAAUGAAUGUAUUGCAAUCGCCCAAGUGAAUCCGCAGUCCUUCCCAGGGAGUAAGGAAAAAUUCAAAGAGAGCGACUUUGUGUCUGUAUGGUUUCUGGGGAUAAUUUUUAAGAAAGCGGAGAAUGCAGAGAGUGUCUGCGUUGACUUGACCUACGAUAUCCAGUCGUUCACGGACACAGUUUAUCGGCAGGCGAAUAAUAUCAGCCUGUUGAAAGAAGGCAUGAAGAUCGAAGCUGCUCACGUGAGGAAGAAACAGCUCCACAAUUACUUGCCUGCAGACGUCUUGCAGAAGAGAAAAAAGAGUAUGCCAGACAUAAGCCAAAACAUUGGUGGACCUGUGUUGAGAAACACAUCUGCGGACGACAGCUGCUUGGGCAGGUACAGGGACGUAGGCGUUGGGACACAAUCCAGGGCUCUUCCACCUUUCAGCAGCGUGGCAAAACCCAGCAGCAGUUCUUCGAAAGAAUCUGAAAGGAAUGCUGUCUUUCGAAGUACCACCAUCUCUACUAACAGAGAGAAGCCACCGAACGUCCUUCAGCCUUUGAUGUCUUCUCAAGUGCCGGAUUCCACAGUUGCAGAUAACAUGGCUGCACCUUCUCCAAGCGCCUACAGUAUCUCUAAGGCUGUAGAGCCAGAUGUGGCUCCCACAACUGCCCAUAACCACCACCAGCAUCCGGAUGGAGUGGCUUCUGCAAGCGUGAAGAACAUUUCCGUGAACAAGAGAGGUCACGCACCUGCCUUGCAAGACGGGUUCAAACGGCUGAAAGAUGUAGGAACGCGCAGCCUCGGAGACACCACACUGGUUCCAACCUCUGGCACAUUAAGAUCACAGCGGCUUUCCAGUAAAGAGUUACCAGAUUCAUCCUCUCCAAUUCCAGCAAGCGGAGUCCGUGUUGUCAAAAACUCCAUCAGGCUGACACUCAACCGAUAGCAGGCGCCUCUUCGGGCAAUGUGCUGCAUCAUCUGAACUGUUGCCAAAAAUAUAUUCCAAGAUGCUAUUGCCCAAAAUCCAUGGCCCUGUGUGCCUGUGAUUUGGAUAUUUGUUCCCUUGGACUGUGUCUACUUCACUGUGCGGAUGCAUAGCUUCAUUUUAAGUCUCGUCUUGUCUUGAGUGGAAAACGUCUUUUGUUAUAAAAAUCCCAAAAAAAAAUGUCUUGUGCCUAUUUUUCCCAAAAGGGGUGUCAUGCAGACAGCUUGGCUAUGGUGGACUCCCACUGGAUUACACAGUAGCACAGGCAGUCUGGAUCUCCCCCCUUAAAACAUAUUCUUUACACAGUUGGCAGCUCUAAUCAGGAAACCCACGAGCAGUUUUAGCAGCGUGGAAAGGUGGAGACCGCUCCACUAAACUGAUAGGUUUCAUGAAUUAGGUGAUUCUUGUGAAAUUGAUUGGAAUAAUUUUACGCACAGGAGAUUCUGUGUGUGUCAAGGGUGCUUCUCCUUUUAAAAGGCAAAUUUGUAGAAUUAGGCACCUAUACCUAUGCACUGUGCUCAUGUCCCAUAAAAACUGCUUCCCAUGGAGGCCCACAAAACGAAAACCUAGGACACAAUCCACCCAUAGUUUAAGAACAUAAAUGCUCUAUGGAUCGCAAUGAGAGUUGAGCAUGGCUUUCUCCCACUGCUCCUCUUCCCUGUCCUAUUUGAAAUCCAUGAGAGUUAAAUGUGGUUCAGUUUUAAUUGGAUUGCACUCUGGGUUUUUUUAAAAAAAUAAAUAAAAUUCAAGCAAAAACUUAAAUCUGCCACAAUACUGAAUUGUCUGGAAUAAUUUCUGACACUUGAACUUUGGAACGGUCUGAAGGCUUUGCUGUAUGGCCUUAGCACAAGUAAUUUGGAUUGUGAGUUUUAUUGGCUGAAAUCUCAAAACUAUUGCUCGUAUCUUGUCCAGAUUAUAUAAAAAUUCCUGACCUGCCUUUUUUAGUUUAUCUAUUUUUUGUCAACUGUGACUAUGAAUGCAGGCAGGGCUGGAAUAUUGAGUUUUACUGGAGUCUGGACAACGUACUAUUAUGAAUAACUUGCCUAGAAUCAACACUGCCCAAUUUAACACCACUGCACUCAUGUUGCCAAAAUAUCUCCCAAAAUUUGCUGUCCACUCUCAAAUCAAUCUCCAAAAGUGUUAGGAACAAAUACUGUUUACAAAUCUUAAAUUACGUGUUGUCUUGUGUUUUUGUAAUGAGGGGGAAAAAAGAUAAUGUAUAUUCAGAGUAUUUUUGUAUGUAUUGUAAAAUAUCAUCUUUUCAAAGAAAAAUUUAAAAAAACUCUAGUCUCUCAUCUGCUUUGUGUGUGGUCAGAGACCCAAUUACAUUUCGACCUAGUUAAAAUUUCGACCAACUGGUAACUUCCCCCUAAACUGUCAUUCUGAUGCAAUUCCUUUUUUCUUAUUGCAAUCAGGGGUAUAGAAA